AUUUUUUUAAUUGCAUAAAAGAUAUAUAUAGUUCAAAAAUAGAUUUUUGGAAAAGUACACUAUCUUUUCUUUAAAUUACUAUAAUCCUCAUUAACACAUUUUCUUCGUUCUUAAAAGAGAAGUAUUUCAAAUCACGAUAAACAAUAAUGUAAUGUUAAUAGUAUAUUAUAUAAGCUAAUUUGCAUAAAAAAAGCUCAAAUGCACUUGAUGAAAUUUACACUCAUAAUUUGCGCGCUUGCUGGAUGUUGGCAGCCGCUUAUGUGGACAUCGCUGUUUAAACAUAUAAUUUAUAAGGCUUAUGCAAUGUUUUUAAUCUCCUCAUUAUAUAUAUUUCUGUUUUCUCAAUUUGUACAUGUCAUAUUAAACGUCGGCAGUUCUGAUGAAUUUACCGAUGCCUUGUAUAUGAUGUUGACAGUAUUCGUAGCAGGUUACAAACAGAUUUAUUUGUGGGUAGAUCACAAGAAUAUCAUGGCAACAAUAAAUGUCCUUCUUGAGAAACCUUUUGCACCAUAUGAAGCACACGAACUAAUGAUUCAGGAAAAAUUUGAAAAAAGGAUACGGAACAAUACGCGUAGAUAUUUAAUCAUCGUUAUGAUAUCGAUCAUAUCGAUAAUAUCAAUGUCUAUCUCCAUAGAUUUUAUGAGAAGAAACUUGACAUAUAAAGCAUGGAUACCAUUUGACUACUCGUCUCCUGCUAUCUAUUUUGUUGUAUACAUUCACCAAUUAAUAGCUAUGUCAACCUCUGGUAUAGUAAAUGUAGCUUGCGAGAGCUUACUUUGUGGAUUCAUGCUACACAUUUGCUGCCAAUUUGAAAUUCUGGGGUAUCGAUUGACAAAACUCACGCAUGACCAAAAUAAUAUACGCAACUAUGUUUGUCAUCACAACCGCAUUUUUGAAUACGCAUAUACAGUGAAUAAUAUGUUCGCGAAGAUAAUUGCUAUCCAGUUUGCUGUGAGCAUGUUAGUAGUGUGUUCGAAUUUAUAUAAAUUAGCUAUGACGACCGAUUACAUGAAUUUUAUUCCACUGAUGAUGUAUACGAGUGCUAUAUUAAUGCAAAUUUUCAUUUUAUGCUGGUUUGGAAAUGAAGUUAAAUUAAAAAGUCUUCAAUUGAUGAAUAACAUUUUUGACAUAGAAUGGUCGGCGCUUAGUAGUAGCAACAAGAAACAUCUCUUAUUAAUUAUGAAGCGUACGAUGAUCCCCGUUGAAUUUACUAGUGCGCACAUAGUUUCGAUGAAUCUUGAAUCAUUCGUAGCUUUGCUUAAGAUGUCAUAUUCGAUUUUCAAUUUGUUACAUCAAACAAAUGAAAAAUAGAAUUAACUGAUAAAAAUUGUCGUUCACAUUUACUUCAUUUCAACAUUUAAAAGAAAUGUUAAAAUGUAGAAAUAAAUAUU